AUGGAUAUAGAUCUAGACUAAGCUGAAGCUCUUUUUAACUAAUAGGCAAAUCAAGGAUUAGAAAACGGUUCCAACGGGGACAUUAGAGAUGACAAAGAUGAAAAAAAGAGCAAAAAGAAGAAGCAUCAUAAAUCAAAAAGCAGAUCAAGAUCCAACAAGAAGAAAAGCAAAAAGAAACAUAGCAGUAGAUCCAGAUCCAGAUCUGGCAAAAAAAGCAAAAAGCAUCGUUCCAGAUCAUCAAAGAAGGACAAGAAGCACCAUCACUCUUCUGAAAGAAAAACUGAAGAAAAAUAGAGCUAAGAGGCUAUCUCGAAGUCUUAAGAAACAAGACAGCUAACAUCUGUCGAAAGAAUCGAGCUAAAAAAGAGGGAGCUUGAGCAAUAAAUUGAAAAAUUAAACAAGGAUGCAGAAGAUGCUGCCAGAGAAGAUUUAACUGUUAUGAUUUAUUAGCUACCUUCAAAGGCUGAGGAAAAAGAUAUUUGGCGUUACUUAACCAAACAUUGUGGUGCUUCUAAAGUUAGAGAUAUUAAGCUCAUUAGAGAUUAAAAGACUAAGAAGUCUAAGGGUGUUGCUUAUGCUGAAUUUUAUAUUAAGGAAGAUGUUGACAAAGCUUUGGCUGCUGACACUAAACCUUUCUUCUUAAAAGGUGAAGAAGUGCCAAUGUCUGAAGUGAGAAUCCAGCAUUCAUAAGCCGAAAAGAACAGAGCUGCCUUAGCUGCAAGAGAAAUUAAGAGACAAAGAGCAGAAGCCUUAAAAGAGCAAUUAGCCAAGUUACAAGAAGGUCCUGUUAAAGUUUUUGUUGGUGGUUUAAAUGGAAAACUAGCUGAUAUGAACGAAUAAGAUUUAAAGGAUAUAUUCUAAAAAUACGGUGAUAUUGAAUCUGUUGAAUUGCCUGUUAAUGCUUAAGGAAAAUGCCUUGGUUUUGGUUACUUGACUUUCAAAAAGAAAAGUGAUGCUCAUGAAGCUAUUAAGAUGAUGAAUGGAUUUAAAUUAUAAGAUCAAAAGAUUUCUGUUACUCCUGUAGCAGUUAAUUUAUCUUUCGCUCCCGUUCAACCUCUUUUCCCUUCAAGUUUAGGAGGAACUCAAACUCAAGAUAACAUUGAUUUAGAUCAGAAUGAAAAUAAAGUUUUCUUGCACUCAGCAGCCAAAAAGCUGGAAUUAAUGAAGAAAUUAGCAGGUAACUCUACUCUUUCUGUGCCUGGAACUGAAACAGCUGCUUAGCCUACUGUAAACACUCCACUUCCUAUUCCUGGUAUAGCCAAUUUACCAAGCUUGAAUAUAGCUCAGAAUCCUUAAAUUCAAAAUAACUUCAUGGCUGGAAAUAGACCUCCUACAAGUUUGUUGCCCACCAACUAUAUAGUAUUAGUAAAUAUGUUUGCAGAAAGUGAUUUCAAAAAUGAUCCCUCUUUCUUUGCAGAUCUUAAAGAAGAUGUUAGUGAGGAAUGCAAAAAGUAUGGUGAUGUUGUUGAAGUAUUUGUAGCAAUUCGUAGUCCUUGUGGUUCUGUAUUUGUAUUGUUUAAUGAUGCUGUUGGUGCAGUUACUUGUGCAAAGAAUAUGGAUGGAAGAAUGUUUAAUGGAAGACCUAUUUCUUCUUAUUGUAUUUCAGAAGAUACUCUACAAGAUGAAUUACAAGAACAUCUCUGA